UCCACACUCGGCCUCUCACCUAUCGAAAGAUUUGAGUCACCCUCUCCCUGACGAGUGAUGACUGACGAGACGAAAGCCCCCCUCCAUGAUCUCGUCGUCUUCAUCUCCCUUCUUUCUCUCUCUAAGUUUUUGAGGGUCAACGGAAAAUAGUGAGCUACGGACACGGAGUUCUCCGCAGCGGCGAACGAGGGUUAUAAUAAAAGUAGAGAGUAUAAACGGAAACCAAACUCGAACACACUGAAGCAAGCGGCUGUUCUGUUCAAUUAGGGGUUGUGGUUUAGGUUUACUAUUUGUUUCUGUGUAUGGGGAGGAUGGGGAACGGCCGGAAAAGCUACUCCGCCAAUCCUAAUGAUUAUCAGCUCCUUGAGGAAGUCGGACAUGGAGCCAGCGCUACCGUUUAUAGGACGAUCUAUAUUCCUUCAAACGAACUUGUUGCCGUUAAGUGCCUGGAUCUCGAUCGCUGCAACAGUAAUCUGGAAGACAUACGAAAGGAGGCUCAAACUAUGCGUUUAAUAGAUCAUCCAAAUGUAAUAAAGGCAUUCUGUUCUUUUGUUGUUGAACGAAAUCUCUGGGUGGUUAUGCCAUUCAUGGCAGAGGGUUCUUGCCUGCACCUUAUGAAGGUAGCAUAUCCUGAUGGAUUUGAAGAGUCUGUAAUUGCUUCUAUCCUUAAAGAAACCCUUAAGGCAUUGGAAUACCUCCAUCGACAUGGACAUAUCCAUCGUGAUGUCAAGGCUGGAAAUAUCCUUCUUGAUGGUAAUGGUGUGGUGAAACUUGGUGAUUUUGGAGUUUCAGCUUGCAUGUUUGACAAGGGUGACAGGCAGCGUUCGAGAAAUACUUUUGUAGGGACACCAUGCUGGAUGGCUCCCGAGGUUUUGCAGCCAGGAAGUGGAUAUGAUUUCAAGGCUGACAUUUGGUCAUUUGGAAUAACAGCCUUGGAGUUGGCUCAUGGUCAUGCUCCCUUUUCAAAGUACCCUCCUAUGAAGGUUCUCCUGAUGACCAUCCAGAAUGCUCCUCCUGGACUUGAUUAUGAUCGAGACAAAAGGUUUUCCAAGUCCUUUAAAGAAAUGGUUGCCAUGUGCCUGGUCAAAGACCAAACAAGAAGGCCAACAGCAGAAAAGUUAUUGAAACACUCAUUUUUCAAGAAUGCCAAGCCUCCAGAGCUUUCUGUUAAGAGCCUCUUAACUGGCUUGCCACCACUUUGGGAACGUGUAAAAACUCUCCAGCUUAAGGAUGCUGCACAACUAGCUCUCAAGAAAAUGCCUUCAGCAGAACAAGAAGCACUGUCACAGAGUGAGUACAAACGAGGUGUUAGUGCAUGGAACUUUGAUAUUGAGGAUUUGAAAGCCCAAGCAUCACUGGUUCAAGACGAUGAUGAAGUUGUAGGAAUGAAGGAAGAAGAUGAUGAAAGCAUGAGAUCAUUUGUCAAUAAUAAGGAUGCAUCUGCUUCCAGUUCUGGUGUGGGGAAAUCAAUUUCUACAACUGAUAUUAAUGUCCGAGAAAGUAUACACGGUGCUGAAGUAUCACAGGCUGAGGCCUCAAAGGCAAAUGGAGAAACUUCACAAAGUGAUAGAAUUGAUCAUGUAUUGGAGGAAAACACUGAAGGAUGGGAGAAAAAUGUAUUAGGCAAUGAGCCAAUAUCGUCAACCUCAGAAAGGAACGUCCCUCAAGUCCAUUCUAAGAGUCAAAUGGGCAGCCUCCGCCAAUCUCAAAGUGGGCCGCUUAUGCCUGCAGCUGUGCUUAAUCAGUCAGAAAGGGGCCGUUCUAAUGAAAGGUUUGAGAAUGAAAUUCAAUUAGCAAAUGAGAAAGGAAAACGUGAAGUAAGGAAGGCACCUAGUUUUAGUGGUCCACUGAUGCUACCAAACCGUGCUUCUGCAAACAGCUUCUCAGCUCCCAUAAGAUCUUCAGGAUUUAGAGAUUCUAUGGAUGAGAAGUCAAAGGCCAAUGUGGUACAAAUAAAAGGCCGGUUCUCUGUAACAUCUGAAACUGUAGACCUUGUAAAGGAUAUUCCAUUAUGUACAGUUUCACGAAGAUCUACACAGGAAUCACCUCUAAAGAAGUCUGCUAGUGUUGGUGAUUGGCUAAUUGACUCUAAACUUAUGCCAUCCAAGGAAGUGAACAACAGUCAACCACCCAAGGAAGUGAGCAACAGUGUAGUACCUGCAUCAAUUCUCAUGCCUCAACUCCAAAACCUUUUUCAGCAGACCACGUUCCAACAAGGUCUGAUUGUGAAUUUGUUGAAUAGCUUUCAACAAACUGAAAUAGUAGAUGCUUUUCAAACCGGAAAAUUGCCACAGCAACCUCGAACCUCAGAGAUUGAUCCAAGUGUAAUUGGAGUAGAGCAGCAGUUGUCGGAGCGGCAUAGCAGAAGUCGAUUUCAGUUACCACUCCCAGAGUAGAGAUUAGGGAUUUCAGUUUCCAGUCAGAGUAACAGUUGUCGAUUUUAGGAAAUUUUAGUUCUCAAACUCUGCUUGACUAAUUGAGGCAAAGGACAUUAUGGUGACUUUACAUACCCUUAAGGGUAGAUUGGCCAUUUAGACAAAAUAUGACUGAUGACAUCAUCACUUAACGUCUUAAUCCUAACGGAAUGGGUUUUUAGAAAUAAUUUUAUGAAAGUGAGGGGUACACUGGAUAUUAUUUUCAUUUUUGGGGGUCACUCCAAGUUAUUUUCGAUUUUAGGGGUGGUAUCAGAUAAUUUCCCAUAUAUAUAUAUUUUUAUAUAUAUUUAGUAUAUAGAAGAUUGUGUUUUUCCCUGGAUUUUAUCUUCUUUGAAGGGAUUUCUUGAGACCUUCGACUUCUAAGAGAACUAAUGUGGGGUGAGAUUGAAGAGGUAGCUUGUUUUUUUACAUCCUGACAUGCACAUAUUUUGCCAUUGUGUAGACAAUUAGAGGAUUUGGUCAUUGGAUUCUCUAUCAGUCCUUCCCUCCCCCCCGCCCCCCUCUUUUUUCCUGAAUUUUUAGUUGCUCAAAAGGAAGCCAUAUGCUCACUCAGAAUCAAGACAUUUUUUUGGAUGCUGGUCCUUGAGAGAAGCAGUAACUCAAACUUGCUUCUGGUUUCCAAAGAGAGAGUUCAAGGGCAAAUCUGUUUUGCAGUCUCGUGGAUGGAUUGGUCCACUGUUCUUUGUGUGCUCGUCAGUUGGCAAGGGUGAUAUGGAAUAAUUUCCUGAAUCCUUUAUUAUCUUGGAUCUUUCUCGUUAAGAUUAGAGAUCUGUUCAUAAGAUCUCAAUAGCAGCCUAUGUUGGAUGUUAGCUUCUAAUCUUCUCUUUAAGCUCAGAAGUAUAAUAGAACUGUCCGUUUUCCUUUUUUAUCUUAGUUUUCUCAGUUCAUAAUUUUCUUUGUCUCAUUUUUAAAUAUCCUCCUCUUCUCCUUUAUUGUGGGAUUUGAGUGCAAAUCAAACUUAGUGUUGAAAAGUUAGCAGAUGAAGACAAGAGUGGAUACUGGGAAGUGGGAACCACAUGAUCAAAUUGUUUCAUGUUCUCUAU